AUGGGUAUUAGUGUUCCUGUGCUCGCAAUAGUUGCAACCGUUGGGUUUGCAAGCGCCAAACUACCGCUUGCCGAUCAAUCCGACACCUGUAUCGGCGAAUGUGUGCCGUAUUAUCGUUGCAGUGACAACAAGACCAAUACCGACGGUACGGACGUAAUUGAUAUUCGUGUUGGAGAUGAUUCUGAGUGCUCACACUACUUGUACGUCUGUUGCGAUAAAGAUUUAGUGGGUGAUGAAGCGGUACUCGCCACAGCCAAAGUUACGGACAGUGCUGAAUCGGAACCAUACCGUCGGAGUUGUGGAUUGCGCAACAUCAACGGGCUAGACUUCAGCAUGAUUGGUAAUAUGAAUGGCGAGUCGGAGUACGGUGAGUUCCCGUGGAUGCUGGCGCUACUUCGCAACAAAUCUUCCGCCGAUAGCAUCCAAACCGUAUACCAGUGCGGUGGUUCUCUCAUCGCCCCGAACGUCGCCUUGACCGCGGCCCACUGUGUCUUCAAUGUCGCACAGGACGAGCUUUUGGUUCGUGCCGGCGAAUGGGAUUCACAGACUCGCAAUGAAUUGUACCCACAUCAAGACAGACGCGUGGCUGACGUCAUCAUACACGAAGCCUUCAACAAGGGUUCGUUGGCGAACGAUAUGGCUUUGCUGGUUCUGGAGGAACCGUUCCAACUAGCCGAGAACGUACAACCGAUCUGUCUUCCGCCGCAGGGAACCACGUUCGAUCAAAGCACAUGUUUCGCAUCCGGCUGGGGCAAGAAUGUGUUCGGCAAGAAGGGCAAGUAUCAGGUGAUUCUGAAGAAGGUGGAGCUUCCGGUAGUACCGCACGCCGACUGCCAGCGGUCACUGCGUACCACGCGACUGGGCAGCAGGUUCGUGCUUCACCAGAGCUUCCUGUGUGCCGGAGGCAUUGCCGGCCAGGAUACGUGCCGCGGUGACGGUGGUUCUCCGCUCGUCUGUCCGAUUCCAGGCGCUCCGGAGCGGUACUAUCAGGCCGGUAUUGUUGCGUGGGGUAUCGGAUGCGGUGAACACGGUACACCCGGGGUGUACGGUAAUGUGGCCUUCUUUCGCGACUGGAUCGAUAAGCAGCUGUUGGAUUACAGCAUUCUUUCAAGGGACUAUGUAUACAUACCAUAGGCUAUGUAUACAUACCACAUCGCAAGAUGCAGGGCAUCUAAAAUAACUGAAAUAAAUUUAAAAUGGUAAAGUUCUUUAACAAACUACGACGAAUUAGACUCGGGAGGCUCAGGAUAUGUUUUACGCGAUGGUCAUUAUUCGGACAUGGAGUCCUCUAAUCCGCACAAGAUCGAGCGCCUUCGUCUGCCUGAUAACCCGGUCCUUCUAGUGGUCGGAUAAACGCCAUC